AUGGAAAGGAUGCGUUUCCUUGGCACCUUUGGGAUCAUCAGAGAAGCAGUGCGAGUUGGAAUCAGAAACCCCAGCUUCAUUCCCCUGGCAACAAUCGUCUCGCUUCCUUUAUUUUGCAUCACGCUACUGCAUGAAUGGCUUCUCCAGCAUAUCCUGAUGGAAGCUUCUUUCUCUCCUCAGGUCAGCGAGCUUCCUCCCAACUCCAACGCUGUAACUAGAUUGACUCACAUGAUGUCUGGCACUGGCAGGGUUCUCCUACUGGCUCUCCUUUACAUGAUCCCCAUUCAAUUCUUGAACCUCCUCACUGCAGUCGCUACCGUUUAUUCAGCUUCUGCGAUUCAUGCCGGAGCCAGACCAUUAGGUUUACAAGAUAUGCUCCGUAAUUCCGUCGCCAAAACCAGGUGGAAAGGCCCUCUUGUUACCUACAUUUGUACCUUCCUCUUGUCCAAUUUGUCCUUGAUGGUGAUAGUGUUUUUCAUCCUAUUGGGCCCCUUACUGGUGUCAGGGAAUGUGCUCUUGCUUCUUGUUUCUAUGAUGGGUGUGAUUAUAGCCUUUGGAAUUUGGUUGGUGUUGAGCGCCUGGUGGAAUAUGGGUGUCGUUAUUUCAAUUUUAGAGGACAAGGGUUGUCUUCAAGCCUUGUCAACCUCACAAUACUUGAGCAAAGGCAAUAGAGUGCGUGGAUUUGUGUUGAUGCUCUUCAAUUUUAUUUGGUUAUAUGGCCUAUCCUUGUCAACCCUUCUUGUAAGAGGGAGUUUUUCCGGUAGGAUUGUACUUGCUUUUGUUCGUAUAGGCUUGGGGUGUGUGAGAAAGGUCAUGAAAUGGGUAGUCUGCAUGGUUUACUACCAUGAUUGCAAGAGGCGCUGCAGGGAGAAGGUUGACAUGGAAGAAGGUAGAGAAGAUGAUCUCCUUUGCAAAGAUUUUUCUAAAAGAUAA